UAGGGGCUCCCACUUGAAACACAGCGGUUCCAGGCCUGCCAUUUUAACAGCCAUGACUGAGGAGAGAGUUCCGUCAAGGGCCAAGCUGUUUCUGGUCUUAUUGAAGCCAACCAUGGAGAAAACCCUCUCUGCAUCGGAGAGAGAAUGCCCAUUUGCUUCUUCCCUGACAUCUUUGAAACAGAUAAAUGCAAUGAUUAAUGUAUGCAUGGCCAGGAUAUAAAAUAUAAAAAUGAAAUAUUACAACUAAAAGUAGCCUACUGACUAAAAUGGACUAUGCAACGAUGAAACUGUAUUUACUACAACUGCACUAAAACUGUUAAGCCUCACAACAAGUGCUGGGCAUGGUGCUGGCCCCUCUUCUCUUCACCCUGUAGAGUAGAGUGGGGGAAAAAGCCCCCGUGGGGUAAUAAGCCCCCGGCCUGUUUUACCCAAAAUAACCACCAGAUGGCGCAAAGUUACAUUUCUAUAGUUGCUAUGGAAUGGCUUGACAACGGGGAUAUACAAAUAUCCACUGUGGAUCGCAUAUCAGCAACGCAGCGGAGAGAAAUCAAAUUUCAUGAUGAGAACUUACAAGAGAGUCAGCAACCACUGUUCAUACAGUGAGCAGAGCCUCAAAGAGGCACUUAAAUUAAUUAAAAAUGGGAUGCCAUUGAAGGCAGCAUCACAGCUUUUUGGGGUGUCCCCCAAGACCCUGAGGCGACACAGGGAUAACAAAGUUGCAAGACCUGGAUCUGCCUCCCUGGGAAGAAAAGCUGUGUUCAGUGUUGAGUUUGAACACCAACUCACACAACACAUACAGGAAAUGGAGAGGGCAUUGUUUGGUUUAACGACUAAAGAUGUCAGGAGGCUUGCAUUUGACCUAGCUGAACAACUGCAAAUUAACCACCCCUUUAAUCCACACACUAAGAUGGCUGGAAAAGACUGGUUGCAGGGGUUCAUGAGGCAUCAGGGCACACUUUCAGUCCGUACCCCUCAUGCCACCAGCAUCUCCCGUAUGGUGGGAUUUAGUAGGCCGAAUGUCAGUCAGUUUUUUGACAUUCUAGAAAAUGAGAUCAGGAAGGUGCCACAUUUUAAACCAUCUCGUCUGUGGAACAUGGACGAGACUGGAAUCCAGAAUGUCCAAAAGCCAAGUAACAUCGUGGCGACCAAGGGGAAGAGGCAGGUGGGCAGAAUCACCAGUGCAGAGAGGGGGUUCACAGUGACCUCAGUUUGCGCCAUGAGUGCUGCCGGGCAGUACAUCCCCCCAAUGUUUGUCUUUCCCAGGAAGAGGAUGAAUGAGCGUCUCCUGAAUGGUGCCCCAGCUGGCUCAAUUGGAGUGGUGUCCGACUCCGGCUGGAUCGACAGCAGCCUUUUUGUACGCUGGUUGCACCACUUCUGUGAUGUUGUGGGGUGUUCACAGGAGAGGCCACAUGUCCUGGUGUUAGAUGGCCAUCAUUCUCACAAGACACUGGAGGCUGUACAGGUGGCAAGAGAGCGUGGGGUGGUAAUGAUAACCAUACCACCCCACUGCAGUCACAAAAUGCAGCCUCUGGAUCGCACAUUUUUUAAAUCUUUAAAAUGUGCAUACAACAGUGCAGCUGACAGCUAGCUGACCUGCCACCCAGGUCAGUGCAUUGACGCAUACGCAAUGUGUGGGCUUUUCAAUCAGGCGUAUGGAAAUGCUGCCUCUGUGGGGAAAGCACAGAAUGGCUUCAGGGCUUGUGGCAUUUGGCCUAUCAACAGGCUCGUCUUUAAGGAGGAGGACUUUGAGGCUGCACAGGCUCCAGUGGCGGGGGACAGGACAGUGGAGGAGGACAGCGAGGAGGAAAUCUCUGGCCCCAGUCGACCUCUCAGCACACCACCAUCCCCACCACACCAUGCUGAACCUGAUAAGAAAAAUAACUUACAGGUGUACUUUCUGCAAUUAGUCUACUGUAUUUCUGUAUUUCAAAUUUUACAUUGUUGCUUUUUAUGUUGCUUUUUAAAGGACCCCAACAACUUCGGGCAAUAAUAGACACAAUUUCUCCUCGGCCAGUUCCAUCCAAGAGGGCCCAGAAGAAGACAGCUGAGUCAGCAACUGUCCUUACCUCAUCCCCAUUCAAGCGGAUGUUGGAGGCGAAGGCAUCUAGAGGCAAAAGGGGCAAAGGAGGGCAAACUAAAAAGAAUAAUGAAAAAGCAGAGGCUAGAUCAAAUGAUGUUGAAUGUUUAUAUUGUGGGGAGCUUUUUUCAAGAAGUGUGGGGGAAUGGAUCCGGUGUGAGGGCUGCCAGAAGUGGGCUCAUGUGGAGUGUUCCAAUGAAAAUGAUGGGGAAUUUGUGUGUGAAAUUUGUUUGUCUGAAUAGAAACCUGUAUGUGUGUGUGUGUGUGUGUGUACGUAUGUGAUGGCAUGUGUGUUGUUUCAGUUGGGGGUUUUCAGCUGCGGGGUAUUUAUUUAGAUAGUGUUAAAUUUCACUGUAAUGUUAAUGUAAUGAAUUCAUUGAUUCAAUUAGCAUUAUUUAUUGAUGCACUUGUUCUUUGUUAAUUCAUGUUCAAUCCACACAAAAUUAUAUUGAAAUUAAAAUGCGAAAUAUAAUAAAAUAAUGCAUCUAUUCAUUAA